AUGGGCAAACCGGCUGCCCACCGGGAGGUCAGCGAGCGGGCCGACCAGGAGAUGGUGCGGCUGCAGGAGGCUAGGGAGUACCUGCGGGGCCGCACCCUGCAGGUGGUCACCAUCCAGCGUCCGCCGUUCGCGAUCCUCACCAUGGCCUCCGACGGCAAGACCAUACUGCAGGCCACCGGCUUCUGCUUCGAGAUGCUAUCGGCCCUCAUGGAGAAGUACGGAUUCAACAUCAGCCUCCAGCUGCCGUACGACGGCAACUGGGGGAGCCGCCUGGACAACGGCACGUGGAACGGCAUGGUUGGCAUGGUCAACAGAUCGGAGGUGUCCCUGGGCGUGGCUGGGUUCACCAUUACUCAGGUGCGUGAGGAGGGCAUCGACUUCACGAUCCCCUUCUACGAGGAGCCCUCAGCCAUUCUCAUUCCGCCGCCCAAGGCCCAGAGCAAGAUGUUCGCGGUUAUAAGGCCCUUCUCAUGGAAGGUAUGGAUUGCCGUGAGCGUACUGCUGCUCGUGAUCGCACCCGUGUUCUCGUUCUUGGAGCAUUUUGAAGAGGACCUGAUACCGAAGCUCUACCCCCACCGACCGAACGCCAAGGUGCGCUACUUCAGCAUUCAGUGGUACAUCUUCGGCGGUCUUCUUUCUCAAGGCGGCCAGGUCAUCCCCACCAACACGGCGUCCCGUGUGCUGCUCGGCGUCUGGUGGCUCGUCGCCAUCACUAUCAUCGCCAGCUAUACAGGCACGCUGAUCGCAUUCCUGACCGUGCCCACUGUGACGGACCGGAUCAACUCGCUGGAGGACCUGGUGGCCCAGCGCGAGCUCAAGUGGACCUACCGGCGCUACACGUCACACGAUAGCCUCUUCAGUACAUCGCAGUCGGAGAUAUACAAGAGCAUCGGCAGCAAGCACACUGACCUUCGAGUCGGGUCGGACGCUGAGGGCAUCGCCGGGGUCCUCUCCGGGCGCUGGGCCUUUAUCAAGGAGAAGUCCUACCUGGAUUUCGCCCUGGACCACGACUUCCAGACCAGUCGCAAGUGCCGACUUAAGAUAGCGAAACAAGAGUUCUUCACGGCCGGCUUUGGCUGGAUUCUGGAGACGGGCAGCCCCGUCAAGGAUCUCUUUAAUCUGGAGUUCCUGCGCAUGUCCGAGUCGGGGCUGUUCGACAAGUGGCGCUCCGACUACUGGCCGCCGGCGUCCAACUGCAGCACGGGCGCCAUCUUCACCGACGUCACCACCAAGCCGCUGAUGGUGGAGGACAUCGUCUCGUCGCUGAUCCUGUACCUGUUGGGCGUGCUGCUGGCGCUGCUGGUGUUCGUGCUGGAGAGGCUAUCACGGCUGGGCCGCCCCCUGGCCGGCGGCGACGGCGUCCGCAAAGCCUGGCUGCGGCACCACCCGAAGAGAGUCCAGCCCUGGCUAGGGCGGCACUGA